ACAUACCCACCAAAGAAGAAGAAGGUUAUGAACAGCUGAGUUUUUGCGUUGUACCUAGUGCUCCGUUUUUCCUCAAAUAAAAAAGAUUUCCGUGCCAUUGAGAAAGACAAACAGGAAACUGUAAGUGUUUUUCAAGCGUGACAUUUUAUUAUUUCGAACAAUCUCCUUAAAAAUGGGGAUGUAAAAGUGUAAGAUGAAGAGACUUUUGUAAUAACUAUUGUCACGUUAGCAAACUGGUACAUUUUUAUUAUUUUCUUUUCAACUCUAAUGCAAUAUGAGUGGAAAUUUCAAGCAUUGUCUGAAACUAUUAGAACAAAAUGAAGAAAGUAUUCAACGUGAGGCUCGCAAAAUUUUAUCAAAACUCUGCAACAAUAUUUUAAAAUAUCCGACAAAUUCAAGAUACCGCAAAGUUCGCUUGAGUAAUCCCAUUGUUGUCAGUAAACUUUUACCGGCUUCUGGAGCAAUCAAGUGUUUAUUUGAAGCUGGAUUUAUUAAGACCGACGAUGGUUUUUCCUUGCCGGAUAAUUCGCCACUUUCAUUACUCGAAGAUUUGCGAAGUUUGCUAGAUCAUUCGCAGAACAAAAAUCCACCACAAAAAUCGAUUAGUGACUGCAAAAUAUCUUCAACGUCAAAACAAACUCCACAAGAACGUCCUCAGGAACCACCAGACUUUUUAAGCGAAAUUGCAGCACAUUUCCAAAGUGUUUUGCGCUAUGAAGACCAGAAAUUGCAGCAAAGAGCGAGACUCCUAAUACCUCUCAUCAAAUUGGAAAUAGGGGCAAUGGAAAGAAUGAGAUGCAUCCAAAGGGACGUGAAAAGGCAAAACGGAGAAAAUGAAUGUGGCAACAGAACAUCUGCGGAGCACGAUCUCACGAUAGAGGAUCUGCUUUUAGCAGAAUUACUUCGGUGGUUUAAAUAUGAGUUUUUCAAAUGGAUAAACAGUCCACAGUGUAAUGUUUGCUCAGAUGAAUGUUCCUUCGCUGGAGUUGAGCCUUCAACAGACCCUCGUAUAUCCAGGGUAGAAGUACACAGAUGCGACAGCUGCGGAAACAAAGUGAAUUUUCCGCGAUAUACUGAUCCUGGCCCAUUGUUGUCAACUCGACAGGGACGUUGCGGUGAAUGGGCUAAUGUAUUCACUCUCAUAUGUCGAUCACUUGGUUAUGACGCGAGGCUUGUAGUUGAUAAAACUGACCACGUCUGGACCGAGAUUUGGUCUGUGACGAACAAAAGGUGGAUUCACGCAGAUCCUUGCGAGAAUACAAUGGAUCGGCCACUGAUGUACGAGAAGGGCUGGGGAAAGAAAUUGUCUUAUGUGAUAGCCUAUUCGAAAGACGACAUUCAAGACGUAACCUGGCGCUACACGAGGGAUCCAAAGUCUGUGAAAAAACGGAGGAAUCUCUGCACAGAGGAGAACCUCGCGGUUCUCAUUUCCAAGCUUAACGCUCAGAGACAAAGUUCUGUAAGCUCAAACAGGAGACAGUAUGUCAUUAAACGCAGACUCAUGGAACUGGUUGAUAUGUUGCCUGCACCACCGGGUUCCAAAAAACCGAAUGAAGAGAAUGAGGAUAACUACGAAGGACGGAGUUCUGGAUCUUUGGCGUGGAGAUUAGCCCGGGGUGAAACACAAGCAAAAGCACACGAGCCGAAAAAGUGGCGCAUUCCAACUGGAGUUCGUGAAUACGAGCUGCGUUAUUUUGUUGUCGAAGACAUUUACGAGGCACGAAACGAAAGCAGUGGAAAGAAAGUCGAAAAAAGGAGUACUUGGCAGGCAGGAAUCGAGAAUACAGAAGGUGGCAUUUUCCGGAAGGAGGAGGCAGAUUGGAAAAUGGUUUAUCUCGCACGUUCUCCUGGAAGAGAAUCCGGUUUCGUGAGUUGGACUUUUGAAUUAGAGAUUAACGAAACAAAUCUAGCCUUUGAUAGUUUAAAACUAAGUGCCACGAUCGGAACCUUUCAUGAGGCGAACGUUCGGUGGAAGGUCGAGAAGUUCUAUCCGAAAAGGGAGGCAGAAGUUGAAUUAAUUGCGGUCGAAGAUUGUCGAAAUUUCGAGACUAGUGUGAAAGGAGCUGUGCGAGUUAAUCUCAAGGCGACCCUUUCUGGAGGAAAUGGAGAUUUAGCUUGGCAACACGCUCAGCUUUUUCGACAAAGUCUCAAUUCCAAGAAGGAACAUUCCUUGAUAAUUAGGAUAUCUUUAAAAGAACGCCAAUUGUAAAUUACUGACUACAGUCUACGUAUGACUAAUUCUGUAAAUUAUCUAUGUAUUAUAUUGAAGGUAGAACUUUCAACAUGAACCUAAACAUUUUAUUUGACGACAUAAUAAAACAUGCAGUUAAUUA